AUGACGCCAAUGGUGCGCCGUGAAUCUCCCUGGUCGGAAAGAUUCUGUUACUUCAUUCCGCUUUUGACACAGCGAUCGUCUUCUCACGAUUGUCUAACUCGGCCAUUGCUAACUCAUUGUCUCCCGCACAAGGUUCUGGCUACGGCCAUGUCAUUGAUUGCCAGUGCAUGGAGCGUACCGAAGUCUAGGAGGAGUGGCCUCCUGCUUCUAGGGUUGUCCGUGUCCACAUUCGCAUCCACCGCCUCAGCCAGAAGUACUCGAUUACCAGUCCAACGAAACCCCUUUUCUCCGGCGGUCUGUUCUAUCAACAAAGACAUAUGCGUGAAUAUUGCAGGAGCUAGAUUGUUCCACUCGGCCCCCCUUUGCUGGAAGAAUACACCGCAGUUCUCUUAUCAGGUCGCCGCUGCAUAUGCUGCCAAAGGCGAUCGCUUCAACGCGAAAUCGAACGUGUACACAAACGAGUUGUUCGAAAACAUCGAGAACCGCUUGAGCCUCCGAGAAUGCAAGCAAAGUAAGAAGAAACGAGAUCGGGCGAAGAGUGGACAAGACGCUUUUUUCUACAGCCAGAUCGGAACCACGGGAGCUACAGCUUUUGGUGUCGCAGACGGAGUUGGCGGAUGGAUGGAUUCGGGUCUCGAUCCUGCUGAUUUUUCGCAUGGAUUGUGCGAAUACAUGAGUUGCAAUGCCAGGGCAUGGCCUCAAGGGUCAAAAGGAAGUUCACUACACCCGAAAGACUUACUUCAGACUGGUUAUGAUGAAGUCAUUAGCGAUGACAGCAUUAUCGGCGGCGGAAGCACGGCGUGUAUCGCCGUCGCAGAACCCAAUGGCAGCGUGGAAGUGGCCAACUUGGGCGAUUCUGGUUUCAUGCACCUUGGGUUGAAUGCAGUGCGGCACUUCACCCAACCCCAGACCCACGCUUUUAAUACGCCAUUCCAGCUUUCUAAAACCCCCCAUCGUAUGCUUGUUCAGAUGGCUGUUUUUGGGGGGCCGAGCACCCUUUCGGAUUUGCCUAAAGAGUCAGAUAUUUCCCACCAUCAAGUGCGGCAUGGUGAUAUAUUGGUCUUUGCUACUGAUGGUGUUUGGGACAAUUUGAGCCCACAGGACGCGCUCAGCAUCGUCAGUCGAAACAUGGUCGAGUUGGGUGCGUGGAAAGAGAAUAAUGGAGUCAUGGAGGUGGGAGAAACGCUUACACAACUUACUCAAGCCAGAACAGGCCAGAGGGCGGACAGAUCAUCACUUCAAGCUAGGCUUGCGAUUGCAAUCGCCAAAGAAGCGAAAGACACGGGGCUUGAUACUAGACGAGAUGGCCCAUUUGCGAGGGAAGUGCAGAAAUAUUAUCCAGGAGAGAAUUGGCACGGAGGAAAACCAGACGAUAUUGCAGUUGUGAUUGCAGUCGUCAUUGAAGAUAGUUAA